AUCCGGCAUCUCUCCUGGUACGGAUGCGCUACACUUCCCAUCGGAAGUCGACAGCUUGUGACGGCUUUCAGGAGUUCCUAGGAAUUAGAGUGUAACCACAGCAGGAAAGCCGCUUGUUGUAAAGACCUGAACUUUGUUCAUAAAUGGAUUCGACUUUGGCUCUAGUAACGUUGCAGAGUCCUGUCUGUGCGACCCCCGUGAGGCGAGGGGGAGGGGAUACUGCAUUGGGAUUUCAUUUUAACUAUGUAUGUGAUGGAAGCUUCAUACGGAACUACACAUCAUUGCGUACAUGUGGCUCUCUGGCUAAUGUUAUCCUGCAGGUGGAUAUGAAUUCUCAACAAUUUCCCCGCCAGGCAGCAUCCAUGCCUUCUCCCCAAAUUUCAAACAGUGGAGCAUCUGUCGGGCAGAAUGUCCAAGGGCAAGGUGAUGAAGUAGCGCGAGACAUGGAUGUCCAAUCCCGUGAUCUACUUGGUGCCGGCACAGUUCUACCAUCGCGCGAUGAUAAGCAGGAACCAGUGGUUGUCAGGCCGUACCCCCAAGUUCAGAUGUUGACUUCACACCACCCACUGCAGCCUGCCCCUUCCCUCACUAUGACUGCGCAACCUGCUCACCUAACCUCAGCUGUUCCACUGUCAUUCUCUGAGAAUAUCCUAAAGAAGUUUACUGUUGAUGUUUUCCCGCAGCAGACUUCAAAGUCCACUAUGCCUAGCCGCCCUAUUGCUCCAGCACCUCCCUCUGCCAUGACUGCUGUACCAAAGGUCUCUGGCCAAGGGACUGUCACCAUGGAGAGUGGCCUUCCACAGACCUCUGCUAUCCCUGUGGCCACAAUAAGUGGCCAGCAGGGACAUCCCAACAGUCUCCACCAUAUCAUGGCUGCCACAAAUGUUCACAUGUCAAUUAUCCGUAGCAGUGCCCCAGGACCUCCAUUGCAUAUUGGAGCAUCUCAUCUUCCUAGAGGUGCUGCUGCAGCAGCUGUCAUGUCAAGCUCUAAAGUGACUACUAUGUUAAGACCAGCUUCAGCCCAGAUACCUAGUGCAGCUGCUGCCCAGUCAGCCACUCAACAUAUUAUCCACCCACCUAUCCAGUCUCGUCCUCCAGUGACAACAACAUCGCUUACUCCUGCUGUGGUAGCCACAGUAUCUGCUACUCGAGCACAGUCACCAGUCAUUACAACUACACCAGCCCAUGCUGCUGAGCCAGUGUUAAGACCAACUCUGUCCAUCCAGCAACACCCACCUCCCUCUGCAAUCAGUAUCCAGAGAUCAGCUCAGGCUCGUGAUGCAGCAACUACGCGCAUUACACUGCCAACACACCCUGCUUUAGGUGUUCAGAAGCCACAGUUACAUGCAAUGACGCAGAAGACUCUGUUUGGUACUGGUAAUCCAGUGGCAGCAGCAACAGUGGCUCCAAUUCUAGCAACAAACACUCUUCCUUCAGUAACAACUUCAGGUUCUGCACCCCACACACAAGUUCCUACUAGCACCAUUGUUAGUAUGACCAUGCCUACUCACUCAUCACAUGCUACAGCAGUAACUGCCUCCAACAUUCCUGUGGCCAAAGUAGUUCCACAGCAGAUCACUCACACCUCACCCCGGAUCCAGUCAGAUUAUGGAACAGAGAGAGGAAACUUGAUACCUAUUCCUGGUCACAGAGCUUCACCGAAUCCUAUGACAAUGGAGGCUAGGAGUGAAAACAGACAGCCUGUUCCAGUGCAGUUACAGUACUUCCUACCAACCUAUCCUCCAUCUGCAUAUCCCUUGACAGCACACACUUAUACCCCUAUUACUAGCUCUGUGUCCACCAUUCGACAAUACCCAGUUUCUGCUCAAGCUCCAAACUCUGCCAUCACAGCCCAAUCAGUGGCUUCCACUGUCCAUUUGAACCAAAUGCAGCUGAUAAACAUGGACACAUCACAUGCACGCCACAUUCAGGGUAUCCAGCCAGCUCCAGUUAGUGCACAGGGGAUACAACAAUCUCCUUUUAGUGCACAAGGCAUUCAGGCAACCCCUAUAAGUACCCAGGGAAUCCAGCCAACUCAAAUGAACACCCAGGCAAUCCACCCUGCAACUUCAAUAACGAACCAGGGAGUUCAAACAUCUUCAGUCAGCUCACAGCAAGCUUCAAGUGAACCAAAGGCUUCAGUUGUACUUGCAGAGGGUGCAACAAUAGUUGCAAAUCCUAUAAACGGUGCUUUCAAUGCCACACCUGGUGGCACUACAGUUAUGCAGAGCCACAGUCAGAGCCCCGGAAUUGGCAGUUCCCCUGCACAGGGGUCCUCUCCUCGGCCCAGCAUCCUACGAAAGAAACCUGCAACUGAUGGGUUAUCUGUUAGAAAAAGCCUCAUUCCCCCUCACCCAGGAGAUGCUGUAAGCCCACGCCACGACAGCGCCUUACGGAGCACAUCUGCUUCUCCACGGCCUGCUGGCACCAAACCCAAAGCAGAUCUUCAUGCGGCUGUAGCACCAGGAGUGACUGGGGAUCCAGGAAUAGCUGAUCAGCCAAGUGCAGCUGCUUCCCUACCAUCUUCUCAUCACCCUGCAGCAGCUGUGCCAAGCCCUCCCUCUCAACCUGCAUCUGGAUCCAUGCCUAGCAGCAUCCAUAUUACUCCUGCCACAAUUCCUGCAUUAUCUGCACCACCACCUCUUCUAAGUAAUGCACCAUCUGGAGCUGUUAUGCCUGAGGCCAAGGUUAAAGAGGAGGCAGAGCCAAUGGACAUUUCAAGACCUGUUUCAGCAGUGCCACUACUACCCCCAAAUUCAAUAUCUUCCCCACUAACUGUGCUUGCCAAUAACAUCUCUAUUCCUGUUGGGGAACUACUUCCAGGGGCCUCACCUCGCAAGAAACCACGUAAACAGCAGCAUGUUAUAUCCACAGAAGAGGGAGAUAUGAUGGAGACUAACAGCACAGAUGAAGAGCGAUGCCAUGCUGUAAAACCUUUAACAUCUCGGCCUGAGAAGAGAAAAUCUCCUCCCAAAGAGUAUAUAGAUGAGGAAGGUGUGCGGUAUGUGCCAGUAAGGCCAAGGCCUCCUAUUACGCUUCUGCGCCAUUAUCGCAACCCAUGGAAAGCUGCAUACCAUCAUUUUCAGCGAUACAGUGAUGUGCGGGUAAAAGAAGAAAAAAAACUGACAUUGCAGGAAGUAGCUAACCAAAAAGGCAUCACCUGCAGAGUUCAAGGUUGGAAAACCCAUCUGUGUGCAGCUCAGCUUCUCCAGCUGAUUAAAUUGGAGCAAGAUGUGUUUGAAAGAUUAACAGUGCUGCAGGAGGGUCUCGUUCCCAAGAAGAAGACUGCCACUGAUGAUGACUUGCACAGAAUCAAUGAACUGAUUCAGGGUAAUAUGCAGCGGUGCAAGCUGGUCAUGGACCAAAUAACAGAGUCUCGGGACUGCAUGCUUAAAGUACUGGACCACAAGGAUCGUGUGCUAAAAUUGCUCAAUAAGAGUGGGGCGUCUCGUAGGCUCUCAAAAGUGAAACAGAAGGACAAAAUGUGAAUCCAAAACCAGCACUACUCCCUUCUAUUGUGUAUAUUAAAGUUUAUUCCUGCACCAGCAGAGGGCAAGUUUUCUGUGGAUGCUGCGUUUGUAUCGUUUGUUUCUUUUUUCACUUGGUCACUUACUACAAGCUCCAGCUUUAUCAGAGAUUUCUUGUGGUCAGCUAAUAAUGCUUGGAUGGACCUUAAAAUGCUUGCUUUUCUUCAAGGAGAGUUCAACACCGCUUGAUUGAAUUGCUGGUGCUACACAAAAGCACUGGUCUGUGUAUGCCACACAAAUGUUUGUAUAUAGUUGUAUUCAUCUUUUCACUGUUACUGACAAACCUGCCUUGUAUUUACACACGUUUUAUUAUUAUUUUUAGUCAUGUGUUUUCAGGUAUUGGUUAUUUAGACAAAUGUCUUAUGUCUUCAAUGUUUUAACUUGUCCAUGGCUGCGUGAGGUAAUCUGUUUUGGCUCCUCUGUCUUUAGUAAUCUGAGACUCUGAACAGUAAUUCGGAGAUGGAAAUAGUGUUACCAACAAGCGAUUUUAAUAAGAACACUUUUAGAAAAUUCUGCGUGGCUGCUUUGAAACCUAUGUAACUCUCUGUUGGAUAUUUUAUACAUGUCCCUGGUUAAAAGGGUUGUUGAAUGAAUGAAUGAAUGAAUGAAAGAAUAGGUGAAAAGCCUAUACAAAUGGCCCAAAAAAGUUGUAUUUUUAUGAGUUAAGGACUAAAUCUUCCACCACAUACACCCAUCUCCUCCCAUGUCUUAUUUCAUACCUAAAAGUCAUGUUCUAUUAAAAGAAGUGUUCAGCUGUGGGUUUAAAUAAGAAGAUCAUGAAAAAUAGAAUGUAUCAUGGGGUACAAGUUUUUGUUUGUGCCUUUUAAAUUGUGGAGUAUAGAGUAAAGUUAUGUAGUGUUGUACAAGUGUCUUUUUUUUAUUUUAUUUUAUGCAUUGUUUUUUAGUGACUGAGAAAUAUGUUAUUUUUCCCCAAAUGAUCUCAAUCGACAGAAUCUUUAAGUAAAGCAUUCUUACAUUAGAUUGAAGAAUUCUUAUGUUUACAGCAGCAAAGUCAAAUAAUGGAUAAUGAACAGUGGGAAAGAUCCAAUUUCUAAACUCAGGCUAAUCAAGAAAAACUGUAAUUGCUGUACGUGUUAAACUGCAUAGCACUGUGUAAGUACGCAGGUUAUUAGGAUUAAAGGAAAUGCAAUCAUG